AUGACGCUUAAGAAUGACCAGAAACUCCAAAGUAAAAAUGAUCUAUAUUAUCGACCGAGAGGAUACCAAUAUGAGAUGUUCGAGGCUAGUCUGAAGCAGAAUAUUAUCGUGGCGAUGGAUACGGGUACGGGGAAGACGCAGGUGGCGUUGUUACGGAUUGCGUAUGAAUUGGAGGGCGGGUCUUGCAAGUUGACGUGGUUUUUGACUCCGACUGUGGCUCUGUGUCUUCAGCAGUAUGAGGUGAUCCGGAGCCAUCUUCCAGCCGUGAAAGCUUGUACGAUCACAGGGCUGGACAAGGUUGAGAGGUGGAAAAGCCAGGAUAUCUGGGACGCACUGUUGAAAGACAAGCACGUGGUGGUCUCGACUCAUGCUGUGCUGUUCGAGGCGUUGACGCAUGGGUUCGUCAGGAUGUCCCAGCUUGGUCUUCUCAUAUUUGACGAAGCUCAUCAUUGCAUGCGACGACAUCCGGCUAACAUGAUUAUGUUUGAUUUUUAUCAUCCCACGAUGAAGGAGCACGGUGGAGAUAGCGUCCCUCGCAUUUUGGGUCUGACCGCUAGCCCGGUUGUCAGGUCAAAAAGUCAGGAUUUGAGAACCCUGGAGUCGAACCUCGACUCCGUUUGCAAAACUCCCCAAGUCUAUAAACAAGAACUCACCAUGUAUACUCAUCGACCUGAGUUACUGAAACUAGUAUAUAACCCCAUAGACAUAGACAUGACGUCUGGCAGCAGGGCGUUGCAGGCCCUCCUUCACGCCUGGGAAUCGAUUGACGGUGAUGGCGAUCCGGAUGCUAUACUCUACAGUGGCAGUAAUUGUCACACAAACGGAGGGCUAAAAACGCUCAUGAGGCGAAAGUCAAUCUGCAACGAACAAAUAGAACGCUUCGUGACUCGUAGCCGACACAUCUUCGAGGAACUGGGAGAGUGGGCAGCAGACUACUACAUCUGCACGUCUAUAGAGCAGCUGCGCACUGCUAUUAGUGAUAGGUCUUUGACGCUGGAAUGGGAAGACGAGGAGAGAGUCUUCCUUUCGAACUUCCUGUCGAGGAUACCAAUACGUGAGGUCCAGGCGAAACUCGCAGACGUUGACGACUUCCCUAUGUCGCCAAAGCUCGAAGUAUUGAUCAAGUUUCUGGCCAAGUUCAAUGACCCCGAGUUUUCAGGACUGAUCUUUGUGCAACAAAGGGUCACCGUGAGCGUUCUGGCCCAGUUGCUCUCCUUUCAUCCUCAAACAAAGAACCGUUUCCGAUGCGCAGCUUACGUCGGCAUGGCAGGGAAUAACGGUCGCCAAGACAUGGUGGGCGAGUGGCACAAUCCGAAAAAGCAAAGAGGGACGCUAAACGACUUCCGAAGCGGGCGCAAAAACUUGAUCGUCACGACCAGUGUCUUGGAAGAAGGCAUUGAUGUCACAGCUUGUAGUGUCGUUGUUUGCUUUGACAAACCGGCGAACUUAAAGUCUUACGUGCAGCGGCGUGGUCGGGCACGACAGAGGAAGUCAACAUACGCUAUCAUGUUCUCCACUGCGGAUGAGAACUGUGAUUUGCCCAAAUGGCAGAUGCUGGAGCAAGCAAUGGUCAAAGCCUAUCAAGACGAAGAAAGACACAUCCGGGAGGCACAAGCCCAGGAAGACAUAGACAUGGAUGAAAACAUCCCGGAGAGAAUUAUUGUCGAGGCCACCGGUGCCGUCAUAACGCCAGAUUCUGUCGUCUCACAUUUAUAUCAUUUCUGCGCCGUGCUUCCUGAGGAACGGUAUGUUGAUAAUAGGCCAGAGUUCUCAUUCGAGAAGGACAAAUUAGGCCUUAUCAAAGGCACGGUCAUUCUGCCUAGUUGCGUACACCCGAAGGUUCGUCGCAUUGAGGGAAAGCUUUGGUGGAAGACAGAGCGCGCAGCGGUAAAAGAAUCCGCUUUUCAAGCAUACAGGGCCUUGUAUGAAUUUGGCCUGUUGAACAACCAUCUUCUGCCAUUAACGAAUAACCCCGAGUUCAAGCCUAACGACGUCAGCACUUUGCCUUCCGUCGUAGAGGUAUCUGAGCAGCACGACCCCUGGGCAGAGUGGGCAUGUUCAUGGGACUGUCCAGACAUCCAUCAGAUGCGCAUAGGACUGGAGAGCAAUGGACACCCAACGGAUGGACUAUGUAUGAAAAUGAUCGCGCCGACAUUCUUGCCCCCGCUAGCCCCAAUGACUCUUUUCUGGGACCGCGAAACCACUCUUACGUUGUCAUUUGAUGUUCCAGAGCGGAUCCCGACAAUGGCCGCCGACUGCGUGAAAAACAUGAGGGCCAUCACCGCGCUUUACCUUCAAGCACCCAGAAGCCGACAAUUGCCGGACCAACACGACUUCGUGACUCUCUUUGGACCCGAUCUACCGAGUACCGAGCUGGCGGAUUGGCUCAUUUUGAACGCAGGACACGAACCUGGCUUGGAGGUGUACUCAAAGGGCGUUAUGCCUGCUGCGAUGGGAAUAGUCCGGGACCUUUCGCGCUACAAUGCGCCAUUCUUUUGUCAGAAGUGGAUUGUGUCCAAAGCCGGUCCGGUUGAAUUGGAAUGUGGCCCCAUUCCACGUCGGAGAAACUUUUUGCACCCCCUGACUUUAGAGAACGGGCAGUGUGAUGCUACCGUCGAAACGGAAGCAGUGGCUGCUAAGGUACAUAUGGUCGCAGCAGAUAGGUGCAUUAUCUCCAAGUUUCCAGUUUCCGUAGCCAUGUUUGGUUUGUUCAUUCCGCUUAUUGUCGACCGACUUGAGAGUACAUUACUCGCAACUAGACUGUCUGCAACCAUUCUGUGUGAUGUCGGGUUCAGGAAUAUUCAACAUGUCGUCACAGCGAUCACGGCACCAUCGGCACAAGGUGAAACAAACUAUCAGCGCUAUGAAUUUCUCGGGGACUCGAUCCUGAAAUUCACCGUCUCAUGCCAGCUUUUCUUCGAGAACUUUAACUGGCCCGAGGGCUUCCUUACCGAAGGUCGCACCGCCAUUGUUCAAAACCCACGUCUGACUCGGGCUGCUCUUGACGUUGGAUUGGAUGCUUUCAUCGUGAGCAAAGUGCUCACUCCUCGUAGAUGGACUGCGCCUUUAAUCUCAACAAGGCUGACAGCUGCCCCCUCUAAGAGGCAGAUGUCGAGCAAAGUGUUGGCGGACGUAGUCGAGGCACUUAUCGGUGCCGCCUAUCUAGAUGGAGGUCAUGCCAAAGCUCAGGCCUGCAUGCAUUGUUUCCUUCCAGAAGUUAACAGACAGCCCCUGGACAUUGCAGCCAUGACUGCAAGCUCGGACGCCGAACCCCAGACUGUGCACCACGUCAUAGACAAUAACUUGCAGAAAUAUCUCGGGUACAGGUUCAAGAACAAGGAGAUCUUGAUCGAGGCUCUCACCCACCCUUCCUGCCAGCAUGACCAAUCGACCCAGUCCUACCAAAGACUUGAAUUCCUCGGCGAUGCCAUCCUGGACAUGGUCAUCGUACCCAUAAUCUUCCAAUACUCCAACAAGAUCUCGCCAGGAGAGAUGACCCUGAUCAAACAUGCUGUAGUAAACGCGAACCUGCUCGCAUUCUUCUGCAUGGAAUUUUCCAUCGGGCAAAGAAACACCAAGGUCGAACAGACCCCCGACGGCCGAUUUGCCAUCAAGUCGGAAACAGAGUCCGUCGAGCUGUGGGGCUUCAUGAGAUUCAACAGCCUCGACCUCCAGACCUCGCGCGAAGCGGCUCUAAAGCGCCACAGCGCACUCCGAAACACGAUACUUUCCUCCCUCUACAACGCCCCCAAUUAUCCCUGGCAACCGCUCUCGCAGCUCUACGCGGAUAAAUUCUUCUCGGACAUCGUCGAGAGCGUUCUAGGAGCCAUUUUUGUCGACUCGGGCGGGGAUCUCUCCGCCUGCGAACGCUUUAUCGAACGUAUAGGACUGCUGGCUUAUGUUAAACGGGUUCUAUUAGAGGGUGUUAACGUGACUCACCCGAGGAGUAUCGCGCAGCGACUGUCGAAGGGGGACGCGAUGUUUGCUCUUAAGCGCGUCCCGGAUGAGAAAGGCGGUGCCACAUACCAGUGCACGGUUACUAUGAACAGUGUUCAGAUUAUUCUUGUGGAGGGCUGUCUGUGUGGCGAGGAGGCUGAGGUGAGGGCUGCUUAUGAGACGAUCGAAUUACUGCAGCAUCGUCAGGAGGCUAUUUGA